AUGGUUUUCUCCUUUCUGUUGAAAUUGUCCACAUGCUUCUUUUCAGUGGCUUCUGUGUGGAGUCUGACAUGGUGGUUGUUAGAGAGGUCCAGCAUUUCUGCGUUCUCAAAUGAGAUGCUGUGUCCAGGAAAAGAAUAAAUAAAGCUCUGACUGGAAAGGCACUUAUCUGAUGAUGGAGGAUAUUUCCCAUACGUCUUUUGAAAAUGCAGCAGUUGCACAGUUAACUGCAGUCUUAUCAACAGAAGCAGUACCAUGGGACAACUCUGGCAUCAGCAGCAAAAACAUCCUGAACGCGGACCAGUGUUCUGAAGAAAAUGUUCUGAAAUGCACAUUCAAGGCCUGUGAUUCUGAACAAACAGGAGAGGUAUCUGUUUUCCGAAUUAUUGAAUACUUACAAGAAAUGACAGGACAAAGUUGUGAAGACUGGAGGUUUCAGUCUCUUUAUAAAAGAUUGGACCCUGAAGAAAGAGGGAUUGCUGUUAAUUUUUCUACCUUCUAUGCUGUCAUGAAAGAUUGGAUUGCAGACUGUCGGCAAGAAGGAGAAGAGGCAGCAGACUUGAUGAAUAGCAUUAAAGACUUGCAGCAAGGAAACAAGCAGCUAGCAGUGCAGAAUACCAAGCUGCAGAGGACCAUUGAAACUGCAGAAGAGCUGAAUUCAAGACUCUCUGAAGAAAUCUCUGAGCUGAAAGGGAAACUGAGAAGCACCCAGCAAGCCUUAGAGCAAGCUAGAGCUGUGGCAAAUGAAUUAGAAGAUCUGAAGGUUUUUUCAAAAACUCUAGAAGAGGAAAAUAAUAGACUGCAUGCACAAACUCGACAGCUAGAAAAAGAACAGCAGUUGCUAUUUGUUCGAGUGGAUAAUCUGCAGGAAGAGAACAAGAAAUUACUUACAGAAAAAGAAAAUUCUAAGUGUAAAAUCAAGGAGCUAUUUACAAAGAAAGCCAGUUUGAAGUCCAAAAUAUGUGAGUAUGAAAAACUUACCUCCUGUAAAGAUGCUGCUCUUAAUGAGAAAACAAAACGAAUCGAAGAAUUAACAAUGAUUCUUGAUGAAUAUCGAACAGUAGUUGAGGAAUUGAGACUGGAAGUUCGCAGACUUCAAGACCAUUUGUGCCAGUCUUCUCAACAUCCAGACAUGCAGCCAAAAGAUUCCCUACAGAACAUGAAGACUGGCUUACAGGGUCCUGUACAGCCGCUCUGCAUGGAGAUUGAAGAAUCACAGAAACAGGAGUUCAGUGAAGGUGAGGACAUGCCUAGCCCUUUCUGUGGGGUGUUGCCAUCUUUCAAGAAGCCUCCCGUGCCUUUGGAGAACAUCAGAUCCUUGGCAGAGGAAAUAGUACCGGUGGUGCUUUCUACCUUUCAAGAAGCCAUAGUACCCAGCUCAACAGAACUAAGUUCUGAAGCUGCCUUUCAGGAACAAGCUUUAGUCCCAGUGUGUGGUGAACUCAUGGCUGCAAUUGAGAAGAAGCCAGAUGGGACUUUAUUUGAAUUCCUGUUUCAAUGGUUCUGUGAUGUCCCCUUAGGCCACUUGAUAUUAUACACCUUGCAGAAACUGAUGCUUCCUGGACUCCUCACAUGUUGUUCCUUGCUGGCCAUAUUCUUCUUAGUUCUUCCUUAUGACCAACAUCCUGUCUGGGUUGAACCCAAGGGCUCAAAUCCUUGGCCACAGUUAGAGUUACGGUACUUACGGCCACCACCUAUGUAAUAUCAUCCCCUUUCUCAAUUUGUGCAGCAGAAAGAUGUUUGGAAUGUGUUGUUUAUCCCAAAAAAUAUAAAAAAAUAACUUGCAAAAAUACUGUAAUCUGAAUCACUUCAAAGCUCUAACUUCAGGUGAAAGUUAUAUAAACUCAAAUAGAUCUCUGAUAUUUUGGCCUAUUUUUUUAUAUAUAUCAUGUACAGUUAAGUGUAACUGGUAAUAUUUGGAAACCCACAGUGGCUCUAUACAUAGUGGACUUCUGAGGGUCAUGUUCCCCUGUGCAUUUUUAAUUUUUAAAUGAAAACUGCCCCCAAUUGGUGCAGUUUCACCAUACUUUGAGGGCCACUUGCGUGGUUUCAGGGGUAUUAAUCAGAUGCUGAUAUUAUAUGGCUGCACUGUAAAGGACCAGAGAGAUACCUAUAGUACAAGCAUCCAUGUUACUCCCUGCUAUAGUUACCAGUCAUACUCCACUAUUUACAUACUAUUCUUUUCUAGAGUAAUAGUCACAGUUAACAGAUCACUGAGAUUUCCUUUAUUCUGAUCCUGAUGCCAUUAUAAACUUGUAACUACAAAUUAUACAGCAAAUAUGGGAGUCCCAAGCCAUACCGGCAAACACUGCUUGUGCUGGAGGUAUACUUUACUCCUGUUCCAUCUUCUCCCCCUCCACAAAAUAGGUCCUCUCUGAAAUGAUUUUUUCUAUCCAGAAAGUACUGAGACCAGAAAUGAGUUCAACAUGAGCAAAAAAUUCACCAAGCACUAUCCACCCUCCUACAAAGUUUCCUCUUCAGCCAUUAGCUGAACCCUGUUUGCAGAAAUAGGUACAGAGUCACAUAAAGAUAAUCCAAUUAAUGUUUUGAAAAGAUUGGAUAUUUACAGUUGUUAUUGGUCUAAUGCUUAUUACUGUACAUUCCAAAUAGGAUUCAAGGCUACAUAUAGAUACAUGUCUGUAUCUCUAUUAUGAAUUCUACUCUUUUCUGAUACAACUCGGGAAAAGACAUCACAUGGUGGCAAUAACAUCCUAACAUAUUGAUAGGUUUACAAAAUUAGAUUACAGCAAAUAAAAUACUCCAGUUCCCCAUAGUUUCCUUCGGACUCUACAUUCAUUCCCAAACAUGGGGUAUCAGGUCCCUAGAGAGGAAAAUCUAGAUUGUGCCAUUUCAAAAGCUGCUGGCUUUAACUGAGAUUUUCUUGUCAGGCCUUCCUCACUUUCCUUUGUUGCUUCAAGACAUAGGCACUCUGUGAUAUAGAUUUGUUUCCAAAGCAUUUCUUCCAAAAGCUUAAAAGGCAUUUGAUCUGUCAUGAAAAGAAAUAGCUAUGUGGCCCAUGCAUAAAAUCAAACUUAGACCACUUUUUGUUAAAAGAAAUAUUAAGUUUUUGUGUCCCUCACAACUUUUGAUUGUCACAAAGCAUAGGAUGGAAGACAUAUACAGUAGAGUCUCACUUAUCCAAGCCUCGCUUAUCCAAGCCUCUGGAUAAUCCAAGCCAUUUUUGUAGUCAAUGUUUUCAAUAUAUCAUGAUAUUUUGCUGCUAAAUUCGUAAAUACAGUAAUUACAACAUAACAUUACUGCGUAUUGAACUACCUUUUCUGUCAAAUUUGUUGUAUAACAUGAAGUUUUGGUGCUUAAUUUGUAAUAUCAUAACCUAAUUUGAUGUUUAAUAGGCUUUUCCUUAAUCCCUCCUUAUUAUCCAAGAUAUUCGCUUAUCCAAGCUUCUGCCAGCCCGUUUAGCUUGGAUAAGUGAGACUCUACUGUAUAUGUCUUCCAAAAUUAUCCUGGCUAGAUGUUUCAGCCAUAGGAGCUGUAAUUACUGAUGUCCCAAAAUGAAGCCUUCAAAAAUUAGUCUGAAGGACAAAAUUUUCAGCAUCUACAUUUCAGGCAGAACCUGAGGUAGAAUUAGCUGCCUUUCUCCAUUUCUCCAAAGUGUGCAGGCUAUUCAGGAAUGUAAUAUGCUUAGAAGGCUGUAUUCCCCACUUAAAAAGAGCUCACUGUCCCUGGGAUACUGGGAUAAUUAACAAGAGAACAAUCCAUUUCCCCCGUUAUUUUUCUUCUCUGAUUGCUCCAAUAGGUAAAAUAUACAUCCCCUUUAGAAAAAAUAUCAGAUCUUGUUUCGGGUAGCUUAUUCACAGGUUUAUUCCAAGUGGUGGCAUUUAUUGUACAGUUCCUCAGGACCGUGGAAAAAAGACCAAAUGAAGUAAACAAUUGGUUUGAAAGGUGUUGUAGAAGGGCAAGAGGGAAAGAAGGAAAAUGUCAAAUACACAACUGGACAAAAUCUGAUGCUUUUAAGUAUUAUUGUAAUCAUAAUUCAUACUUCUGGUAUUCUUUUCCUGCAAAUUCCCCUCCCAUAUCCAGGACUAGGAGACCAAGUAGAGAGGGUGUUAAGUGAUCUUUGGAUCAUAUUCUCUUUUUAAAAAAUCUGUCAGUCUAUAUACUCCAAAGACCUGAAUACUCAUUUAGUAAAGGCUGCAACUGUAGCAGAUUAUAUUAAAAUGUCUUGGUACUGAUAUCCAACCGUCUUCAAAAGAACAGUUGCUUAAUGCAUAUCUAACAGAUGCCACUGCCUUCAGUAUUGGAAAACUUUACACUAGUAACCUCAACCUAUUUCUCUCUUAGGAUGUUGAUGUGGCCUUAACAUUAGGCAUUUCUGAUAGACAGAAAUGGUCCUUCUGCUCCCCAAGUUCUAUCAUUUGAAGGCAAUGUGCCUUUGCUCAGAAUGUAAAACAGCCCAAAUAGAAAAAGGAAAAGAAAAACAACUAAAUAUAAAACUCA